AUUUGUCUGUUAACAGUGUGGUGUCCGCGGGAGAAUACUAGUGAACUGAGGAUUGUGCUGGUUGGAAAGACUGGAGUGGGAAAGAGUGCCACAGGAAACACAAUCCUGAGAAAAGAAGCAUUUAAAUCUGAAUUGUCUUCUUCCUCUGUGACCUCACAGUGUGAUAAAGUCAAAGAGAACAUUGAUGAUAGAAGAGUUGCCGUCAUCAACACUCCAGGCCUUUUUGACACUAAUUUAUCAAAUGAAGAAGUUCAAGAAAAGAUCAAGCUGUGUGUAUCCCUGUCUGCACCAGGACCUCAUGUGUUCUUGGUGAUUAUCCAGCUGGGCAGAUUCACAGAGGAAGAGAAAAAAACAGUGGAGAUAAUUAAACAGAUUUUUGGUGAAGACUCUGCUAAGUACACCAUGGUCCUUUUCACGCAUGGAGAGAGGCUGAAGAAAAGCAGAAAAAGCAUACAUGAGUUUGUUCAUGAAAAUUCCGAUCUGUUGACAUUUAUUCAAUCCUGCAGUGGACGAUAUCAUGUCUUCAGCAACGACGACGAAGUUCCAGCUCAGGUUACAGCUCUGCUCGAGCAGAUAGAUGAACUGAUUACCAAAAAUGGUGGACAGCACUACACAAAUGAAAUGCUGCAGAUGGCUGAGAGAGCCAUUCUGGAAGAACAGUUCAGAAUUCAAAGAUACAAUGAAGAGCAGGAUCCCCAGAAGGCAAGAGAUAUGGCAGAAAGAAACAACAGUUUCCUAAAAGCUGCUACUGGCAUUGGUUUAGCUGGUGUAGCAGGUGCAGUCGCUAUUGCAGCAAUCAGAGGACACUGCACAAUACAGUAA